CUUCCCCCUGAGCUCCGGAAUCAGGCAGCCGCCCAGCCGACUCCUAGAAUACGGUAGUAAACAGGGUCGCCUUUUAGUCUGAGUUUAGGUGCGGAGGUCCCCAUCUUCCGGCUGCCCUGGACAUCAGGUGUGCCCAGGAGCCUGUGAUUGGCGUCGGCGCCUGUGACGGAGGAACUCCCCACGUAGGAACUUGGGCAUUCCUCAGGACACAGAACUUGCAUUCUUGGUCUUUGUCUCCUCACAUAAUGCCUGGCAUUCAGUGAAUGUUUGCUGACCCUGAAGAUACAUAUGAGCAGUGAUGCUGGAAAGGGAGAACAUCUUUGGUCCUCCAGUUUGGCUACACUGACAUUGUUCAAAGUGGUCUUAAACAGCUUGCAUUUUGUGUAAAUAGCUGUCUAGACUUCUGUUUUUCACUACAGAAGUCUACAACCUACAGUUGCCAGAGAUUUAAACAUACUACUUUUAGGAUAUCAUCUACAUUAAACCUGAGAGCUCUUCCUUAUUCCAAAAUGUUGAGGUACUGGGGAGAGAUACCCAUGUCAUCAAGCCAGACCAACAGAAGUUCCUUUGACCUGCUCCCUCGAGAGUUCCGGCUGGUGGAAGUCCAUGACCCACCCUUGCACCAGCCCUCGGCCAACAAGCCCAAGCCCCCUACCAUGCUGGACAUACCCUCAGAGCCAUGCAGCCUCACCAUCCAUACCAUUCAGUUAAUCCAGCACAACCGACGCCUUCGGAGUCUCAUAGCCACAGCUCAGGCCCAGAAUCAGCAGCAGACAGAAGGCCUCAAAACUGAAGAGAGUGAACCUCUGCCCUCCUGCCCUGGGUCCCCUCCUGUGCCUGAUGACCUUCUGCCUUUAGAUUGUAAGAAUCCCAAUGCACCAUUCCAGAUCCGGCACAGUGACCCAGAGAGUGACUUUUAUUGUGGGAAAGGGGAACCUGUGACUGAACUCAGCUGGCACUCCUGUCGGCAGCUCCUCUACCAGGCAGUAGCCACCAUCCUGGCCCAUGCAGGCUUUGAGUGUGCUAAUGAAAGUGUGCUGGAGACCCUCACCGAUGUGGCACAUGAGUAUUGCCUCAAGUUCACCAAGCUGCUACGCUUUGCUGUGGAUCGGGAAGCCCGGCUGGGACAGACACCUUUCCCCGACAUUAUGGAGCAGGUAUUCCACGAAGUGGGUAUUGGCAGUGUACUCUCCCUCCAGAAGUUCUGGCAGCACCGCAUCAAGGACUAUCACAGUUACAUGCUACAGAUCAGUAAGCAACUCUCUGAAGAAUAUGAAAGGAUUGUCAACCCUGAGAAAGCCAUGGAGGACACAAAACCUGUGAAGAUCAAGGAGGAACCAGUGAGCGACAUCACCUUUCCUGUCAGCGAAGACCUAGAGACUGACCUUGCUUCUGGAGACCAGUCCCUGCCCAUGGGAGUCCUCGGGGCUCAGAGCGAGCGCUUCCCUUCUAACCUGGAGGUGGAAGCCUCACCACAGGCUUCGAGUGCAGAGGUCAAUGCUUCUCCUCUCUGGAACCUGGCCCAUGUGAAAAUGGAGCCUCAAGAGAGCGAGGAGGGCAACGUCUCUGGGCACGGUGUGCUGGGCAGCGAUGUCUUUGAGGAGCCCAUGUCAGGCAUGAGCGAAACUGGGAUCCCUCAGAGCCCCGAUGACUCAGACAGCAGCUACGGUUCCCACUCCACAGACAGCCUUAUGGGGUCCUCCCCUGUUUUCAACCAGCGCUGCAAGAAGAGGAUGAGGAAAAUAUAAAAGGCAGAGAGGCCAUUUUCAGGCCACACCUACAACAGCCAACAGAAAACCAUGGUGUAUUAAACCUUGGUGUAUCAAAUCCCAACAGGGAUUUGAUUCUUGUUUUGUUUUGGUUUUUUUGGUACUGGGGUCAAACUCGUGACCAUGCACUUGUGCGGCAGGCACCGGAACCACUGAGCUAAAUCCCCAGCCCAGGAUUUGAUUCUUACUCUUAAAAAGUAGGCAGUACUAACUUCAGAGACUGGAUUUAACCAAGUAAGUCUGCAUUUUACUUUGGCACCUAGUUGUUACAGUUUCCCGCAGCAGCCAAGCCACCGUUCACAGAUGGAUCAGGAGACCAAGCGCUGCCCGACUUGUCUUUACUGUGACCACACACUACUUAGCUUCUCUGCAGCUGUUUGUCUUGCACAGUUGAGAAGAGUCACGCCACUCUGACACACCAUGCAGGUGUGAGAACUGUGUGUGAUCAAAAUGGGUGUUUGAAUAGAAGCAUACAAAUGCAUGUGAUGUCAGCUUUUCAUCUAACUUCAUUCACUCGGUCCACGUCUUGGGAAUACAGUACUAAUACCUAACAAGAAAUAGCUAACAAAGCUCCCCAUCAGUCAUCUUUUUAAAAUGUUUUUGCCGCCUGUGAAGUCUCUUAUAGUCAGGUCUGUGGUAACAAACAGGCUUCAUUGUGUAUUCAAACAGCUCAUCUCACCCACGUUUUUUUCAUCCUUCUCUAGACUUAGUCCAUCUAUCCUUAACCUUUUUACCUUAUUUCUCCUGACCCAGACUUUUAAGAUAUUGUUCACCAUGUACAUUUUUUCCAAUUGCUCAUUUUCUCUUUUGUGAAUGAAGCAAAUAGGACCAGCCCAAUGGCUUUGCUUAUUCCCUGUUGUCUUCUAAGAGGUCAUCAGGGGACAAUGGUCCAUUCCUCUCUGCGGUCCCUCACCUACACACUGUGCUUCUGCCACCAAGUGGACAGAAAUACGCACCUGUCAACUUCACACCCAAAGGAACAGCUUCACUGUUCCUCUUCCAGCAGUGUGGGGCCAGUGAUUCCGGAUCGUCUCUUAUCAAGGAAAUUAGGUACCGCUGGGAUUAGGAGUGCUUAGCAAAUGAGUGCUUCGUAACUUGCUAAUGGAUGCCAUCAUGUUCAGUGAAACUGCUGAAGUUUCAUUUUUUAAUGCCAAAUACAAGUCCUGGGAAAUGCAGAGCACUAUUUUAAUAGACCAAAAAUAAGGCCCAGCUUUUUUUUUUGAGUGCCUUAAAUGUCCCAGGCAUUGAGAAUAAUGUGACUGUAGCAAAAUGAGGUUAUAGUUUAAAUGUUAAGAAAUUAUUUAUAAAUCCUUAGCACACUUAA